GCCGCUCUGAGCCCCGGCGCGGCGGCGAUGCGCGGCGGGGCGCGCGGCGCGCGGCGCGGGCUGCUGGGCCUGGCCGCGCUGCUGGGCGCGCUGCUGGCGCGGGCGGCGGGGCAGCAGUACCACGGCGAGAAGGGCAUCUCGGUGCCCGACCACGGCUUCUGCCAGCCCAUCUCCAUCCCGCUCUGCACGGACAUCGCCUACAACCAGACCAUCCUGCCCAACCUGCUGGGCCACACGAACCAGGAGGACGCGGGGCUCGAGGUGCACCAGUUCUACCCGCUGGUCAAGGUGCAGUGCUCGGCCGAGCUCAAGUUCUUCCUGUGCUCCAUGUACGCGCCGGUGUGCACCGUGCUGGAGCAGGCGAUCCCGCCGUGCCGCUCGCUCUGCGAGCGCGCCCGCCAGGGCUGCGAGGCCCUCAUGAACAAGUUCGGCUUCCAGUGGCCCGAGCGGCUGCGCUGCGAGAACUUCCCCGUGCACGGYGCGGGCGAGAUCUGCGUGGGGCAGAACACGUCGGACGCGCCGGCGGGGCCCGGCGGGGCGGGCCGGGGGGCCACGGUGCACCCCACGGCCGGCUACCUGCCGGACUUGCUGACGCCGCCGCAGCCGCCCGCCGCCUUCGCCUUCUCCUGCCCGCGCCAGCUCAAGGUGCCGCCGUACCUGGGCUACCGCUUCCUGGGCGAGCGGGACUGCGGGGCGCCCUGYGAGCCGGCGCGGCCCAACGGGCUCAUGUACUUCAAGGAGGCCGAGGUGCGCUUYGCCCGCCUCUGGGUGGGCGUGUGGUCCGUGCUCUGCUGUGCCUCCACGCUCUUCACCGUGCUCACCUACCUGGUGGACAUGCGGCGCUUCAGCUACCCCGAGCGGCCCAUCAUCUUCCUCUCGGGCUGCUACUUCAUGGUGGCCGUGGCGUACGCRGCGGGCUUCCUGCUGGAGGAGCGCGUCGUGUGCCUGGAGCGCUUCUCUGAGGACGGCUACCGCACUGUGGCCCAGGGCACCAAGAAGGAAGGCUGCACCAUCCUCUUCAUGAUCCUCUACUUCUUCGGCAUGGCCAGCUCCAUCUGGUGGGUCAUCCUGUCCCUCACGUGGUUCCUGGCCGCUGGCAUGAAGUGGGGCCACGAGGCCAUCGAGGCCAACUCCCAGUACUUCCACCUGGCUGCCUGGGCUGUGCCCGCCGUCAAAACCAUCACCAUCCUGGCCAUGGGGCAGGUGGAUGGGGAYGUGCUCAGCGGGGUGUGUUAUGUGGGCAUCUACAGCGUGGACUCCCUGCGAGGCUUCGUGCUGGCGCCCCUGUUUGUGUACCUCUUCAUCGGCACCUCCUUCUUGCUUGCCGGCUUUGUGUCCCUGUUCCGCAUCCGAACCAUCAUGAAGCACGAUGGCACCAAGACGGAGAAACUGGAGAAGCUCAUGGUGCGCAUCGGUGUCUUCAGCGUCCUCUACACGGUGCCCGCCACCAUCGUGCUCGCGUGUUACUUCUACGAGCAGGCUUUCCGGGCCACCUGGGAGAAGACGUGGCUCCUCCAGACCUGCAAGUCCUAUGCUGUGCCCUGUCCCAGCCACUUUGCCCCCAUGAGCCCGGACUUCACAGUCUUCAUGAUCAAGUACCUCAUGACCAUGAUUGUUGGGAUCACAACCGGCUUCUGGAUCUGGUCUGGCAAAACCCUUCAGUCCUGGCGACGCUUCUACCACAGACUCAGCACGGGCAGCAAGGGAGAGACGGCGGUAUGAGACCCUCCUGCCCCCUCCGGUGCACGUGUGCACGCACACACACACACACACACACACACA